AUGCAGACCCAAAGCAGUGUUAAGACGCCAGAAGAGAUCUCCCUUGAACAAUCCGGAGACAUCCGAGCUCUUCAAAGAUACAGAUACAUGAAAUGGUUCCAAGAUUUUCCUAGUGACGGUUUCGCUGUUAUAUAUAAACUACUUUGGGUGGAAAACGCACUUCUAGAGAAUGUGCAACGCGAGGAAGCCCUCCGGCUAAGGAUGAAGAAGAUUACCAACGAACAAACAGAGCAUCCCCAGGACAUCAUAGGAUUCACUUCCUAUAGCCGUACAGAUGACAUUAAAGGCUUACAAGAAAAAAACGGCACUGGUGGACUAUCAGGGCUUUAUUUCCCGACGGGACGCUAUCUAGAGGGUUCGAGCUAUGGCGCUCUCAUCCAAAACGGUAUAUGCACCGUACUCUUCGCGACGGAUGCGCUAGAAGCGGAGGAUGCUGCGCAAGAAGCUGUGGGUGCUGCUCUAAUCGUUACAAUACACCCGAACGAAUGUUUACUGCUGGGCAUUGCACUCUAG